AUGUUCACCAAGGUGGCGAUUGUUUUACUCUACCUACGGAUCUUCCCAAGCUCCGUCACCACUUGGUUCCGAACAGCCUGCUAUACCAUCAUCGGCGUAUGCAUCGCUUGCACCAUAGGCGUGCUACCCACCGUUGCGUUCGAGUGCAGCCCCAUCUCUGGAGCCUACUUGAGGUGGGACGGCGAAACCGAAACGAAGUGCCUCAACACAACCGCUCAAGUCGUCUCAAUGGCCGCAGUCAACAUCCUCCUCGAUCUCGUGGUCUUCAUCUUGCCCAUUCCAAAGAUCAUCAAGCUCAACAUAUCAGCCAACAAGAAGGUCGGCAUUUGCUUUACUUUCCUCGUCGGCUUGUUUGUCACGGCUGUCAGCGCUGUUCGUCUCGAGAAGCUCUACAACCACGCGGACACGACGAACCCGACAUGGGACCUCAACCCCAUCGCCAUCUGGAGUCAGGCGGAGGUCAACGUGGGCAUUGUUUGCGCUUGUAUGCCUAGCUUUGCACGACUGAUCAAGCAGUUCUGGAAUGCGACCAUCGGCAGCUUAGCCAGCAAGGUUACUGAGAUCACAAGUGGUCGAAGAUCGCAGCGGCAGAACGUCGAUGGGCAGAUUGAGAUGAAUGGAGAGCGGUUUCAAUUGCCUGCCGACAGUCUCGCGAAGACGAUGGAGACGUCCGUGUUCAGUCGGAAGAUGGAUUCGACGGACGAGCUGGAGCUCAUGGGCAAGUCAUCGCAUAGCAUGGUUGAGGAUGGGUACCACCAUAAAUACGUACGAGACUGGUAG